AUGCGAACAUUAGCGGCAAGUAAUCCAUUCCCGACCGCUUCUCAAAGUCUAGCGGCCUUAUUCAAUGAAAUACGACCAAAGGCAGAAAAUCUCAUGCGCCAACUCCGAAGACCAAAGGCUGAAGCAACUCAUUCGCACCACACGAGUUUUCACUCGACGGACCCCCGGUUCCAGCGAGUGGAAAUCUGGAUUCAUCCGGUGGAUGGACAGACUACGGUAUUGCAAGGUGCCAGACGUCUGGUUUACUUACCCGCAACCACCUCUUGUGGUGCACAGAAGGGUGGACCGCGAUCCCAGGUAUCUCUGAGCGAUUGGGAUCGUGUCGGUGACAAUGACGAAGAUGAUGAAGAAGCUCAAGCAGAGCAAGAGGAAUACGCAAAUAUGUCAUUGAUCGAGGCACUAUUACGCGAGUUGUUCUCAGUUCCCAUUAAUGAUUUACGUCUGUUUUCUAUAGCCACCGGAAAUAUGGAGACGUUUCCGGAAGUUGCUUCUGUUGCUCUUCAAGCGCUUUCCGGUCUUCUGGCACAAAAACCUUGUCCUUUGUCAGCUGAACGAUUAUGCCAGUUGUGUUUGGUAAACAUGUACAACGUGGACCGAGCUAUGUCUCUGACUACGCACGUCGGCUCAAUAUCAUCUACAAAGGAUAAAAAUCUGGGCACCAAAACUGGAGGAGUCUUGGAUCAAUUGGAUCGUCCUCUCCAUUCCGGUAUUGAAGUGGAACUAGACCGGUCUAAAAUUCAACCCAUAUCUCGUCUGAGUGGCUCUGAAACUCUGCGUUCCGUCCAUCAUGAUCACGCUGCUCGCUUCGCUCUGGAUGCAUUCAGUCUGCUAUGUCGUCGAACGGCACAACUUCUACAAGAGUGGAUGAUUCUACACCCUGAACAUUGGCUCCCGCCUCCCAACCACCGUGACCCGACCCUAAGACCGUAUCUGAAUGACUGGCAACUCGUUGCAGAAUUAUGCACCCGUGCCGCGAAUUGGCUCAAUCGCAAUUCUACCCGCCCAGAAUACGAAGAAGUCAAUCCAACCACAUCCCUGGUGCUUCGGCUCAAAGGUAUAUCCGAGGGUGAGAACGAGGACGGAGAGAAGCAAAGUCGGGAUCAGCUACAAGACUUUCAAGCAGCAUUCCUCUUCGAGGAAGCUUACGUUGCGGGUUUUAAACCCAUGUUGGACUUGGUGCCUAAGCUCUAUCGUUACACUGGCGACUGGGCUUCUGAAACGGUGGCUGACUUCGUUCGUAUCGAGAAGUUGGUACUUUUUGGUGACUUUCUAUGCGGUAUUGAACCUCCCGUUUUGACGUAUGAUGUGAAUCGUUCAGUUUACGAAUCGGCCAUUGAACGAGAAUCUUCGGAACGGAAACAGGACAGACCACUGGAACCCAAGCAUCUGAAUAAUUCACUUGAUAGUAAUGAAAGUACUCCCAGUUCCAAUGAGAAAAACAAGCCUGGAGUUUCUUCAGAGAUGACGGAUCUCAAUGACUCGCAAGCAUCAGCUGAUAUAGCAGCUCUCCAACUCAAACGGGCGUUACUCCAACGCCAACUGGAAGAAGAGGCCCGCCUGGCUGCCUGGCGGCGCAAUGCAAUAAGUCAGGCUGCCUCCGGCGGUCGUCGGGCAAUUGAAUUGGAGGUUCGCCCAAUCUAUCUUUUACCGGAUACAAACUGCUACAUCGAUUGGCUCGAAGGAAUAGCUACACUUGCUCAACGAUCAUCCAAUUAUACAGUACUGGUGCCGAUUGUCGUGGUAAACGAACUGGAUACAUUAGCUCGCUAUGGAAGCAGCAGCAGCAAUGGAAGUACCUGGCGUUCGGGUCGUCUUAUCGAAGAAGAUGGUGAAGUAACACGUGCAGGACUCAUUCAAGAACGAGCUCAUCAAGCAAUCACAUAUUUGGAACACGAAUCAACCAAUGCGGAUUGUCAGGGAGCCCACAUAAUGGAGACAGAGGACGUUGGGGCAUCUGUUCCCGAUGCUGCUUCAACUUUAACAGAACGAAAUGAUGCUCAAAACGAACCCACAAACAUAGGCCAGCUGAAUGCGUGUACAAGCGCACAGGCGGCCUGGGAGACAGAGAACAAUGUAGAAACGAUUCUUGGUCCCGUUGAUGAGUACUUCAAGUACGAUGUGAAAGCUCAUCAGUCUAUUGUGAAUGCCAAACCUUGGGAGAAAGAUCCACAUUAUUUCAAAUAUAUAAAAAUAUCAGCCGUUGCUCUUCUAAAAAUGCUGAUUCAUGCUCGUUCUGGCGGAAACAUUGAAAUCAUGGGCGUUCUGAUUGGCAAGGUUGCACACCAGACAAUGAUUGUUGUAGAUAGCUCCCCGCUGCCAGUAGAAGGAACGGAAACACGCGUCAACGCUCAGGUUAGUUUCAGUUAUUCACUGCCCUAA